AUGUCGCAAAAUCAAGAAAUUUUUAACAUUCAAAAAGGGAAAUCAGGAUAUGUUAUGGGUUCAAAGGCUACAAAUUUGAAGCAAAUGAAAGAGACUUCAGGAGCUGAGAUAGAAAUCUUGGGAAGAAAAAAUCAACCGUGUCAAGCGAAAAUUACGGGUACU